AUGAAUUGUAUGGACCAGCGGGUCUCCUUCUCUCCACAACCAUCCACGGAAAAAGAAAACGACGAGUGUUCGGAAGGAUCUGACAAGUGUACGGGGGGUUUAUCAAUCAGAUUUAGACAAGAGAUAAGAGACGCAGUCGGAUCGCGGAAUGUCGAAUUUUUUCAUCCAUACGCAAAAACGUUGUUGCCCCUAGCAGAUUUUUUGUUACCGUAUUCCUUCAUUCUCUUAGAAAUUCCAAAACCGCACUGUGUGCCUACUAUUUCGAAUCGCAUGAUCACAAACUUUACUUUAAGCAGAAAAUUUAUUUUUCAAAUUUCAGACAAAAUUUCUGAUCCGCCAUCGCCAACACCACCAGAAAAUCCAAGUAGCAAACCUUAUUCACGCAGAAUGGACAACGAGAAAGGUUUUGUCACUGUGAAUUUUCCGAUUCCAGAGCUCUGUGUAGGAUUAGUUAUCGGAAAAGGCGGAGCAGAGGUGCAUGCAAUCAACGAGAAGACGGGAUGCCGACUGCAAGUUUCCACAGAGCCAUCACCGAUUGGUUACCGGAAUGUAGAGAUUCACGGAUUGCCAGAGAACAUUGAUGCGGCCAGAGAGUGUAUCUCCCAGGUGCUCAAUCGAAUUCAUCAUUCGCCUCCGGCUCCACACAGUGGAGCACAACGUCAAGAAGGAGAGACAGUGAAAACCGUGACCGUGGAAAUCCCGAUUCCAGCUCAUAAGUGUGGUGCGGUUAUUGGAAGAGGAGGAGAUACAAUGCAAAAACUUAGGUCCUGGUCCAACUGUCAAAUCCAACUGAUUCAAGAGAACAGUAUGCCAACCACCACAAAGCCUCUGAGAAUCACUGGUGACCAACAAUCAGUUGAGUAUGCGCAGAGAUUAGUAGCCGAGGUUCUAGCUAAAAAUGAGGGACCACCACCUCCGAAACACGAAGCUCCUUCUGCGCCACCUCAAGAAACCUACUAUGAAAAUAAAUCUUUGCAUGUGAAAGUUCCGCGUAGUUCAGUUGGAGCCAUUAUGGGACCACAAGGUAUGAAUAUCAAGAGGCUAUCAGAUCAAACAUGCACAUCAAUCCAUGUACUGCCUGAGGAAGAUCCAAAAGUGAUGGAAAGACUGAUAACAAUUGUUGGCUCUCCGGAUAAAGUCUACCUGGCAGCUGAUGUAAUUCGAACCAUCAUCACCUCGUGCAAUUCUCCCGAUUAUUAUGUUCACAACGUUUACUACAUGGAUGUGCCUGCCGCCAAAUGUGGAUUGGUGAUCGGGAAAGGAGGCGAUGUUAUAAAACAGAUCAAUGCAGACAGUGGCGCUCGUUGUGAGCUCGCACGUGAGACAAAAAUGGAUGCACAUUUCAAAACCUUUGUUCUUCGUGGAACCGACCUACAAAUUGAGCAUGCCAAGCAUUUAAUCUACACAAAAGUUGGAGAUAUUCCACCAAACACUCCAUUUGUGCCGAAGCAUCGACCAAAUGCAAAUCCAAUGCAAAUUCCUUCUCUGAUGAAUCCAGUGCAUCCAACGCAGCAGCAACAGCUCCAGGUGCGGCCACAAGUCCAGGCACAAAUGCAAGCUCAAAUACAGGCUCACAUGCAAGCUAGACAUCAGAUGCAAGCUCGUAGUCCUCAACAACAGAAUACGUUGACAAAUGUGCAAAUGUGGGCAGGUGCCCCCAUAAUUCAAAACCAACAUCCACAGCAUCCCCAAACCCAAAUACUCCAAAACCAACUACACCACCAACAACAGCAACAAAUCCAACAGCAGCAAUUUCAACAACACCAACAAAUCCAGUACCAACAGCAGCAGCUCCAACAGCAAAGACAAUUCCAACAGCAGAAGUUUCAACAGAUCCAACAACAACAAAUGGCAAUGUUUCCACAGCAAAAUCAGAACUUCCCUGUAAUGCAUCCGCCAAUGCAAGGUCAACAAAACCCGAAUUGGUUCCGGAUGAUGCAACAGCAGCAACAAAACCAGCAGGGCCAGCCGAUUUAUCCGAACCAAGGGCCGCCGUACCAACAAGCACCUCUUCAACAAAUGCAAAAUCAAAUGCGGAACUCUCCUCGCCAGCAAAAUAACUCCUAUCAGCCACAACCAAGUCCACAGAAGCCGCAGGCAUCACCACAACAUCUUCCAAAAGCUCGGAAUACCCCAAAACCGGCUGCUACAGCGUCUACGACUCCAAAAGAGGGGGGCUCAUCCAAAUCGCCAGCUAAAGCUAAGGAGCCAGCUAAAGCUACGAAUGGAAGUGGAUCCACGGAAAACAAGGAGGAUGGUGCUAAAAAAGAAGCCAAAGAGAACAAUUCAGAGAGUGAAGAGGGGGAAGGAGAACGAGAUUACUCAGAGCAAUGGUAUCAGUAUUACUUAUCUAUGAACGAACCGGAAGCUGCGGAAAACGUGCGAAAACGAAUCGAAGAGAUGAAAUUAGAAAAAGCAGAGAAGGCGCAAGCUUCAGUGUCCCGGCGUUAA